AUUCAUAUUUCAUAUUUCAGACGCGACGUUGAGCUCGACACUGCCAUCAUCACUCCGACAACAUCUCACUUCCAACCUAGACGAGCUAGAUUAGAUCUCAUUCCACACACAGCAUUUCAUGAUGGCCGACACGACUCAGGCUCCUAUCAAUGGCACCUAUGCUACUCCUCACCCGUACCCUGACUCCUACGUUUCUCAUGCCGCCGUCAAUCCCGUGGGUAACAGCUACCACCCGGCGCCAACUGGUACUCCCUCAAACGGCCCUUCCUUGCAGGAGGGCAAGAAUGAGAUUCCUAAGGAUGAGGUAGGCUGGUACUUCGUCGAGCAAUACUAUACUACUAUGAGUCGCAACCCAGAGAAGCUGCCUCUAUUUUACUCUCGACACUCUCACUUUGUUUUUGGAACUGAGGCCGAGUCCGUCCCAGUCGCUGUUGGUCAAAAGGCCAUCAACGAGAAAAUUAAGGCACUCGAUUUCCAUGACUGUAAGGUUCGUGUCUUGAACGUCGAUUCCCAGGCCUCGUUCGAAAACAUCCUCGUCGCUGUUAUCGGCGAAAUCUCCAACCGCUCCGAACCUUCCCGCAAGUUCACUCAGACAUUCGUUCUUGCCGAACAACCAAACGGAUACUAUGUGCUCAAUGACAUCUUCCGCUACCUUGCAGACGACGAGGAGGAAUUUGUCUCUGGCGAGACUGCCCAAGCCGAACCAGAAGAGGCUGCUGAGCUUCAGGAUACCUCCGUCUCCCACCCCGGGGUUGCACCGGAGCCUGAACCGGCCGUUGCCGCUCCAGCAAAUGUUGAAGAAUCAGUGGCUGAGACUGUCACUUCUACUACCGACAGUGAGGUCGAGAAAUCUGAGGCUGCUUCGGUUAACGGAAUUGCAACCCCGGAAAAGCCUGCUGUUCCUGUGACCCCUGCGGUCCCUGUUGUUCCCACUGAGCCCGAGGUGCCCAAGGCCGAGAAGCCUCAACCCACCCCGGCUGCCAGCGCCCCCAAGGAGGCCGCAGCAGCUGCUAAGAAGGAGCCUGCUGUUCCUGCCAAGUCUGUUCCCAAGACGUGGGCUAGCAUUGCUUCCGCCAACAAGCGUGCUUCCGCUGCUGCCGCUAUUGCGGCUGCUUCUACAGCCCAGGCCAAGACUGCUGCUCCUUCGCCUUCAGUAGCGCCUGCUCUGCCAGCUCAAAAUGCUCAACCGCAGCCGGAACAACCUGCUGUCGCUGAGUCAUCGACUGCUAGUCAGGAGUCUUCAAUUGAUGGGGCUGGGUGGCAAACUGCUGGCCAUGAGCACAACAAGAAACAGGCUCGCUCUGGCGACGAGCACAAGCACCCGGCUUAUAUCAAGAAUGUCAACGAGAAGGUUGACGCUGCUUUAUUGAAGACUGUUCUGUCUCGCUUCGGCAAGUUGACUCACUUUGAUGUCAACCGCGCUAGGAACUGCGCUUUUGUUGACUUUGCCGACCAAGCUUCGUACAACGCCGCCGUUGCUGCGAACCCUCACCAGAUCGGCACCGAGCAGAUCACUGUGGAAGAGCGCCGUAUUCGCGCUGGUAACGCUAGCAGCAACGGUUUCCCUGCUAGUCGCGGUGGUGCCAACCGUGGCCGCUCUGAUGGCCGUGCUGGUAGCCAGGGCCGUGGCGGCAACUUCCAGCGCGAUCAAGCUCGUGGCGGAUUUGCAUCUCGCGGCGGCCGCGGCGGUAAUGUCAACAAGGGUCGCAGCCAGCCCCAGGCUGCUUAAGUGAUGCCAGACAGCUGAUGGUAUGAAUAACACCAACACGGGACGAUUUCCAGCAAAGAACUCUACGAUAUUUAUCACAUGCAAUCUUUAAAAUUACGACACGGUAUUAGCUGACGAUAUGUUCGUUGCGAUCAUAAAAUUUCGCGAUUUGGAAAAAAGUUUUCUAGCGCGGCACUCGAUUCUUGUAUCAAAUUUCGUUUGGUUUCUUGCGACUUGACCUUUUUCCCUUGUCUUUUUCC